AUGGAUGGUUUCAAGCUUCUUGAACUCGUUGGGCUCGAAAUGGAUUUACCAGUCAUCAGGAACAAAGGUGGAGAUCAGAACGAGAAGUUGAACCGAAAACGAAAAGAUGAAGAAGUAGAAAAUGGUAAUGAAAAUGACGAUCCAAGGACAAAGAAGAAGCCAUGGGUUGUUUGGUCUAUUGAUCUCCAUAGAAAAUUCAUUUCUGCUAUUAAUCAAGUGGGCAUUGAGAAAGUUGUGCCUAAAAGGAUUCUUGAUUUGAUGAAUGUGGAUGGGCUUACUAGGGAAAAUGUAGCAAGCCAUCUGCAGGGAUUGCUUGAAAUGUACCAUGCUGAUUGUGUAGACUUUGAUGAGUCCAUUGGGAAAUCUAAAAGCCGGUUUAUAUGUAAUUGGCAUAAAUGUGAUACUUGUAAAAGAGCUUCAGAUUUCCAAUGCUAUUGCUGUCCAAAGAGUGUUUGCGGACGUUGUAUGAAAUCUGCCGAUUUUAUUCAUGUUAAAGGGAAGAAAGGAUUCUGUGAUCACAGCUUGAAGCUUACACUACUUGUGGAAGAAAAGAAAGAUGUUGAUUCUGAUGGGGAAACUGUAGACUUUAACAAUCGGAACACGUACGAGACUCUAUAUAAGGAAUAUUGGGAGAUUAUUAAUGACGCUGAAAAGUUGACUCUUGAAGAACUAUUAUCCGCCAAAACAAAACUGAAAUCUGGAAAAAAUAACGAUUCAGACCAAAAUGACGAAAGUGAUGAGUACCAAUGUUCGGAUUCUGAAGAAAACGAAGAAAAGAAACCACAUAGUUCUGAAAAGAAAUUGAAAAGUGCAAAGCCUGAACCGUUAGGGAAAAAAGUCAAAACAAUAGUCAAAAAGGAAGUCAAAGUCAAACAAGGAAGAGUUCAUGGGAUGGGGAUCAACGCGUGUCAUUGAAUUUCUUACCUAGAUAGGAAAAGAUACAUCUAUUGCAUUAUCUCAACGUGAGCUAGGAAACAUCGUUAAAAGGUACAGCCAGGAAAUGAAUCUAAUCCAAAAGAACAAGAUAGUCGAGUGUGACGAAUGGUUACGGAUGAUGACUUCUCUGAGGAAGAAUGUCAAGAUUUAAAAAAGAAAGUGAAAUCUGGAAUGCUUCAAAAGCUUGAGUUGGUAGCCUAAAAUUCUUGAAGAAAAGGCUAGGAGUCUACACGGGGACAUUGUGACACAUUGGAUUCCUCGAGAGCUUGGCAUAUUGAAACAUCGUAUCGACCAAGCAAACGAGAAAAGAUGGAGAAAAGAAUAUCCUUUUUUUAGUAAUUGACGGAACUUACUCUAUACUAAUCUAAAUUUAGGAGUGUUCACAGCUGGUUUUGACAAAAUUUCUCGGCAGAACCUCUAUGUAUGAUGUCACAAUAUUGCAAACCCAUCCGGAAUCAUUCGGUUACGCUGUUUGGAUAGAUUGAACCGGUUGUUAUAUUUAUAUUUUUCAAAUUUGUUUGUAUUAAAUUCUUAAAAAUUAUUGAAAUAGUUCAUGAACAUGCAAAAUAGCGAUGAAACUGGAUAAUUUUUUUGGUUCCCUGGAGCAGCUAGAAAAGUCAAGAAAACCAUCUAUUGUCAAAAGUCCAAGUCAAUUGUUUGACUUUAGUAAAGAAAAGUCAAGCAUGGAUGAUAUGAGCAAGGUGGAUGUUGAAGACAUUGAAAGCUCUCAGUGGUUUGUUACAUGGCUGAGGGGUGAAAAGGUGGGGCCUGUGUCGUUAUCGGUGCUCAAGAACUGGAGUCAGACCCAAGCUACAUCAAAAUCUAUGAUUUAUAAGAUAAGUGAAAGCAAAGAACAGGCCAAGCCACUGACUGCUGUGCUGAAUCUUGCUUUUUCGAAAAAAUGAUCAUGUUUUCAGGUGUUCUUUUGAAACUUAAGUUUUGACUUUGCUAAAGUCAAAGUAGUAUGUGCAGUUUAUGAGUCUGUUUUUAGUGGUGGUAUUAUAUAAGAGCAAGAGACUAGAGGUUUUGGAAACAUGUUGUUCAUAGUCUAAGAACAGGUAAGACUGGUCUCAUUGUGUUGUUCAACUCUCUGCGUAUUUUAGUUGUUUUGGGUUUUAA